AUGAUUGAAAACGCAGUCCAGCCCUCCUCUGCUGCCGGACAUGCUUUUGUCCUUCUGCCCCGCUCACCCAAUGUUGCAGUAAUACAGAUGGAUCGUAGUAGAGAGGCAGAAAUGGAGUUACGGAGAUCCUCCAGCCCAGGCAAGCUAAGCAAGAAUGACAUGGACGCUGACAAGACCAUGUGCCACAGCUGCUGCAUCUGUGGUAAAAGUUUCCCUUUUCAGAGCUCCUUGUCACAGCACAUGAGGAAGCACACAGGUGAGAAGCCCUACAAAUGCCCUUACUGUGAUCACAGAGCUUCCCAAAAGGGCAACCUGAAGAUCCACAUCCGUAGCCACAGAACAGGCACUUUAAGUCAGGGGCAUGAGGUGGAGAUGGGAGAGGCGCAGCUGGGGGAGAUGGGAGUUUCAGAGGGCCUGGGUGGGUGCACCAGCCCCACUAAGAGCACAUCCGCCUGCAACAAAAUCUUGAACGGUACCGCUCAGGUAGAUAGCAGCAAGAUCUUGUUGAGAAGCAGCAAGAAGGAGGUCACGGAGACGGCGCCGGCCGAGGAGGAUGGCAAGCUGACCUCCUACCAGUGCAACUUCUGCAAAAACAAAUUUGAAAGGAAGAAGGACCUCGAGCAGCACCUGCACCAGGUCCACAAACCAUUCAAGUGCAGGUUGUGUAGUUACAUGACCCUGAGGGAGGAGACACUGUUAAACCAUGUAGAGAAGGACCAUAUAACAGCUCAGGUCCCAAACGGGGAGGCCUAUGCUGAGAACUGCAAGAGCGAGUUGAGCACGGGUGAGUUCCCGUGCGAAGUCUGCGGUCAAGCCUUUAGUCAGACCUGGUUCCUGAAAGCUCACAUGAAAAAGCACAGGGGGUCAUUUGAUCACGGGUGCCACAUUUGUGGCAGGAGAUUCAAAGAGCCCUGGUUUCUCAAAAACCACAUGAAGUCACAUGGCCCCAAGACCGGGAGCAAAAACAAACCAAAAAAUGACUUGGAGCUCAUAGCCACUAUCAAUGACGUGAUACAGGAGGAGACGAUUGUGACGGGCCUGUCUCUGUACGAAGUUUGCACCAAGUGUGGAAAUCUGUUUACAAAUAUGGAAAGCCUGAAAGCGCAUAAUGCUGUUCACUACCGAGCGCAGCGGGGCAGUGCCGGGGAUAAAGCUGAGGGCUUAAUGGACGGGAGCCUAAGCUCCUCGGUAACGAAGCAGUUUUUCUUGCAGUGUCUCAAUCUAAGGCCAUCUGUAGGGCUGGAUAGAGUUACAAGAGGACAGCCUGGGAAAAGAGUAGCUGAGCUGGAUCCGGUCAGUAGCUACCAAGCUUGGCAGCUGGCCACCAAAGGAAAAGUAGUCGAGCCCUCUGAGUAUGUGAAGUAUGUGGGAUGGGACGAGGCCCUGGCGGAUGCGGACGUGACUUACGACAAGGAUAAGAGAGAGUAUAUCCUGGUCAACCAGGAGAAGCGCAAGCGAGACCAGGACUCGCCCAGCUCUUCCAGCAACCCCAAGAAGAAGAGCUGCACCAGUGGGCGCCCAGAGAAAACUGGCGGCGCCCCGCUGGGGGAGAGCUGCCCGCUGGCCCAGGGCGACCUGGACUACCGUCCUGCCUCAAGGCAGAGCCGGCGGGCCGCCCAGAACAAGUCCACCGAGUGCUUCGAGUGCGGGAAGAUCUUCCGCACCUACCACCAAAUGGUGCUGCACUCCCGGGUGCACCGCAAGGAGCGGAGGGGCUGCAGCGAGGGGGGGACGGCCGCCCAGCCCGAACGCUACGGCUCCAGCAGCGAGGAAGGGGACUCAGGAUCCGUCAGUGGGCCCAGCACCCCCGGCUCGGCAUCCGCCCCAGAGGACUCAGCUACCUCCGGCCUGGGGGAGGAGGGGGCUGAGGAGAGCUCAGAGGAGGGAGCAACCGACCCCUCGCUAGAUGAAAAGCCAUACCGUAGCAACUUUUCUGAAGAGGAAACCCCAAUGGUAACAUCUCACUUGGAUGAACUCCCGAAGCUGGGAAGCCGCAACGCCAGAGAAAACGAAGCCAGGGAAUCUAAACCAGAGAUUCCUGCACUGGUGUCAGCCCUGGAGAGUGUCAUCAAGCAGCCCUUUUCGAAAUACCAAGAUCUAAAAGGUUCUGCAGACAUGAAGAUGCCAGCAUUUCACCACAGCCAAGGGUUUCCUAGUCGCAUUGCUAGCUUUGCUUCGGGUAUGGGCCAGACAACUUCAAAUAUGGUUAUGGACUUGAAAACGUCACUUGAAGUGCAGGCUAGUCGCACUAGAGAAAAUUUGCUAGACUUAAACAGGGAGCAUCCUCUGAUAGAAAAAGGUGCUGAAGUUCAAGAGGUAGCCCCACUCGAUUUGAGUGAAAAAUCAACAAGGGAUAAUUCAUGCAAUAAAAAUCUGAAUACGUCGUUGCAGGCUGCUUUAAUUGUCUACCCGUGUCCUUUCUGCAGUCACAAGACCUACUACCCUGAAGUCCUGUGGAUGCACAAAAGAAUUUUGCACAAAAUCAGCUGUAACUCGAUGGUCCCCCCUUGGGUUCAACAGAAUGGAUUCAAGAGUAUUAAAAACAACCUGGUCUUUCUGGCGAGGAGUGGGCGUACUGGCCCCCCUCCUGUACUUGGUGGUAAGGAAUGCCAGCCUUUGCCCGUUGCCAGAUUUACACGCACUCAAGUGCCAAGUGCAUUGCCAGGGUCCAAAAGCAGCUCUCUUUCUGUUGGGAUGACUGCGAAGUCUGGGAAUACGCAUCAGUCAAAGGACGGUCAUGCCUUCAGCCAUUGUGGUCCACGCUUAUCAGGUCUGGAUGGGUACCGACAGCCCAAGGUAAACCAUUCCCAGGAGCAAUACAGCAUAGCAGCACAACAAAAAAGUAAAUAUGAAGCAAAUUCCAAACUUAUGCAAAUGGGGGCCUAUAGCAGAAGCGUAACGCCUACUCAGACGGCCAUAUCCAGGCCUAGCACACAGCCCACCAGCAGUAAGCAAGUGGAAAAGUACGUGGUUCCCCAGGGGAGUACUAGUUUUGCCCCUCCAGGUAAGCACUGUGCGUCCGAUGCCAUGAAGGCCAAAUUCAACCCACCACCACAGUAUCAUCCUCUGUGUAAAAGCGAGCAGUACACUAAACACGAAGAGCCGUCAGUGCCUCAGAGGGAGCCUCACGCGAAGGCUGGGAAUGAGAUGAGGACAUUGGCAAACUGCACAGCGGUAGCACGAGCAAGUCCACUGCUGCAGCCCCAGCCUAGCGCCACAGUGGUUUCUUCGGCUUUACACUCCAGCAAACAGGAUCUGGGAUCAGAUGGGCAUGAGAAACGUUUGGACGUUUUAAAUAUCUUUAAAACAUACAUUCCAAAGGACCUUGCUUCGUUGUACCAAACGUGCGGUGCCAACAGCCCUGUCCUGGAUCACGCAGGGAUGCUCAGGACACAAACACGCCAAGGAGACUGCGUCUGCAGAGAAUGUGGAAAAUGCUUUACCCAACCCAGUCACCUCAGGACUCAUCAGAGGUCCCACGCAGUGGUAUUUGAGUCUAAUGGACUCCGAGGUACUGAAGUUCACACCACCUCCGCAGAUGCCCCAAAACAAGGGAGAGACCACGGCGGUGCGGAGGUCGCCCACACGCUGCCUCUCCGGAAGGGAACCUAG